CAUGCAUUUCAUUUACUAGUCUUUUGCAUAAGUUAAAGGACACAUUACAUCAAAUUAUCAGAGGAAAUAAAAUUGUCAUUGGAAUAUACAUUUUUAAAAACAUUCUGGUUAUGAGAUGUCGCUAGUUCGAGAGCUAAAAAUGGAUAACAAAAGAAAAGAGAGAAACGGAGGGUAUGACAAUGAGGCGUACGAACCCGACAGUUACAUAGAAGUUGUUGAAAAUGCUGAAGAGGAUGUAUGGGCCUUACCGGAACUGGAAGUGGACUUCACACCCUGGUCAGAACUAUCGGCUGGAGGAAAGAUCAAAAGAAUUUUGUGGCAUUACAUUGGCAAGGUCGUUUUGCUCCUUGGUUUCCUGUAUAUCUUUAUCUGCUCUCUGAGCUUCCUUGGGGAUGCAUUCAAGCUUCUUGGAGGUAAAGCGGCAGGUCGGGCGUUUGCUGAGAACCAAAUAUUAUCGAACCCGGUUGCCGGUCUUAUGAUUGGUGUGAUGGCCACAGUCCUACUACAAAGUUCGAGCACCACAACGUCCAUCGUCGUAUCUAUGGUAGGAGGGGGAGAUUUACUCUCUGUUUCGCUGGCUAUACCGAUUGUGAUGGGAGCUAACAUCGGAACAUCUGUUACGAAUACUAUCGUGUCGAUUGGCCAGAUUACCAACAAGAAUGAUUUCAGGAGAGCAUUUGCGGGCGCCACUGUACACGAUGUGUUCAACUGGCUUACCGUCCUAAUUUUGCUACCAUUAGAGGUUAUUACAGGUUAUCUCGAGAAACUGAGCAGCAUAAUGAUUGAUUCCAUGGAUCUGCAGACAAAUAAAGGCGGGAAAAUGGAUUUUUUGAAAGUGAUAACAAAACCAUUCACAAAGCUUAUAAUACAGAUUGACAAGAAGGUGAUUGAAAAUAUAGCAACAAAGAAGUUGAAGGAUGACAGUUCAUCCAUUAUAAAACACAUUUGUUGCGACAAAAUGAAGAACAAGACGCUAGAGGAAGUCAAUGGGACUCUGAUAGAGACUGUAAAAACUGUCAAAGUCAACUGUAAAAAUUGUAAGUUUCUAUUUGAGAGCGUGUCACGUGAAGGCGGUUGGAGUGAUGCUGCGGUGGGUGCGGUCUUGUUGAUUAUCGCCCUUGUUUUGUUGUGCGCAUGCUUAGUCGCCAUUGUUAAACUGCUACACUCUCUUCUAAGAGGUCAAAUGGCACAUGUGAUCAGAAAAUUCAUCAACGCAGACUUUCCAGGAAUAUGCGGCUAUUUUACAGGCUAUCUUGCAAUUCUUGUAGGCGCAGGAAUGACAGUCUUGGUACAGUCAAGUUCAAUAUUUACUUCCUCACUUACACCUCUGGUGGGGAUUGGCGUGUUGACUGUGGAGAGAAUGUACCCUCUUACCCUCGGUGCAAAUGUUGGAACGACUGCAACCAGCGUCCUGGCUGCUUUUGCACAGGAUCCAAGCAAACUGAAAAACUCCUUACAGAUUGCCAUCUGUCAUUUGUUCUUUAACAUAAGCGGCAUUCUUCUGUUCUUUCCGUUUCCAUUCUUCCGGCCACCAAUUAGAGCGGCAAAGUUUCUCGGUACGCAGACGGCAAAAUACCGUUGGUUUGCAGUUAUGUAUCUUAUAUUUGCAUUUUUCUUAUUACCAGCAGCAGGUUUUGCACUUUCAGUUGUCAGCUGGAUAGCUCUUGCCGCAGUAUUUAUUCCAAUCGGGGUCGUCCUUGCCGCCAUUUUCGUCAUAAAGCUUCUGCAAGAGAAAUGUCCGAAGUGCUUACCAAGAAAAUUAAGGGAUUGGAAAUGGUUACCGGAAUGUCUGCGUUCAUUGGCACCAUUGGACAGGUUCCUGAUGAAGAUUACCGGAAACUGCUACUGCUGCAGAAAAGUCGGCUGCUGCAAUGCUCUGGCUGUUGAAGGAGAGGAAAAGAAACAUUCAGAGGAAAAUGAAACAAACAUGCACCAAAGCAAAGGAACCAAGGCUCUUAAUGGAACCAUUUCAUACAAUUUGCACACAAAGUUGUGAGAAUAAUAUAUACAUAGAAAAGACGAUACCAAACGUUUGCGAUAGAAUAGUAAUUAAUACUUAUUCCGGUUAAUAUGUAACUUACAACAUUAGCAACAUUUUAUGGACCGACAGCUGUACACACGAAACUAAAAUAUGUAAUAUUGUGUCCAAUGGAAACGGCAGUCAUUGCAUGGCUUCACGUCAAGACGAUGUGGAUGGUACUACAUGUAGUUGAAGUUGAUAAGUAUGAAAUAUAUACAUGUAGACAAGUGAUUUAAAAGUGGAUAUAGCUUGGAUCACUAAGGAUAUAUCCGAAGUGCCUUACGAAAAUGAUCAAUUAAGAUAAAAUAUAGAGAUAAUAUAUGUAUAUAUGUAAUUGUAAAUUUGUAUAUGUAAACUGUAAUUAUAUGUUGACUUAUAAUUACCAAAUGUUUAGAUUAUCUUCCAGCUCCAUAUGCAAAUUAGAUCUAUUGCAAAAACAAUAAAAGAACUUAUUAAAAGUUUUUCUAGGAAAUAUCAACGCGCAUUUUUACGCGUAUGCAGGCAUCCCAGGUUCCCUUUUAACGAGAAAUUAAAAAGCUAAUAUGAAUCGGGAAAAGUCUGAAAUUUCUUUGUAAUAUAUGUAGUAAUUUCUCUUCAUAAAAUAAAAGAGCAUUAUGGUG